AUGAAGCGCAAGAAAUGGUCGGAGCUCGAAGAGCUGACCCUUCUCACCAAGUACUCGGAGCUUCUCAUCUCUGGGGCUCUAGCCAAGCUCAAAACUCGUGAGAAAAAAUUCAAGCCCAUAGCGGACCACGUGAACUCGGUGCAUCAUCUGCACGACCCAGUAACCUUCCCUUUCAAAUGGUCCUGGCGCGACGUCUCGAUCAAGGUCCAAAACAUGCGCCACCAGUACCUGGGUGUGAAGCAGAAGAUCCGGGUCUCCAAGGACGAGUUCAACUGGAAAGAUGGUGAAAACCACUGGGAGAAUUUCUUGAAGUACAAAGAAGUGUUUGGGGAUGUGGAGCUUGAUGUUAAGGGCAAGAGGGCGUGCGAAAGUGAGAGCCUUGAUGUUUUUGGGGAUUGUGGGGACUUGGGGUUUGGGAUUGACUCUGAGGAUUUAGAGGAAGAAGAGGACGAAGAAGAAGAAGAAGAAGAACCAUUGGAAGAUGAAGAAGAAGAAGAAGACGGUAGCGGUGAUGGUGAUAAUGGUCUCGUGGAAUUAGGUAGGAGUGAAGGUGGUGAAUUUGGGGGUCAGAGAGAAAUUGGGGAUGUGGGUUUUGCUCCAAAAAGGAAAUUGUGUAAGGUUGGAUUACAUAGGAGGUUGGGGUUGGUCAGUGCACAAGUUUUGGACUUGAGGGAUGUGGUGGUGAAGAGGGAAGAGAGGAGGAGAGAGAGGGAGUGUAGGAGAGAGAACAGUGAGGCUGAGAGAGAGGAAAAGAGGAAAGAACUUGAGUGCAGGAGAGAGAAAAGGAGGAAUGAGAGGGAGGAGUGGUUGGAGGAUAGAGAAUUGGAGUUAGAAGAGAGGGAGGUGAUGUGGGCAAGAAAGGAAUUUGAGAAAAGGUUGAGGCUAGAGAGGGAAUUCGAUGAGGAGCGGCGUAGAAGGAUGAGGAUGGAGGAGAAGAGGGAAGAGGCAGAGUUGGAGUGGAGGGAGAGGAUGGUGAGUUUGCAAAUUGAGCAUGAGAAGCAAAUGAUGCAAAUGCAUGCUGAAGCGUGCCAGAACCAAAUGCAGAUUCUUGGAGUCAUGGCUAGGCUAGUUUGUCAAUUUUUUGGGUCGGUGAAUGAUGGGCUGGGAGGUGGUUUAGGGGCUUUGCCGCCUCAGGUUUUGCAAAAUUUGCAGCAUCCGGGGGAUUUGGGCCACAAUGGGAAGCCGGAGGCCAAUUCACCUUCUGAGUUCCUCUAG